AUGCGUCGAUUCAUUUCUCGUAGAGGUCGCUGCAAUCAUAUUUAUUCCGAUUGUGGAACGAACUUUGUCGGAGCUUCUAGAGAACUGAUUAAUAUGCUAAAAUCCGCCGCUGAGCAAGAACAAAUUUCCUGGCACUUCAAUCCUCCAAGCGCGCCUCAUUUUGGUGGCCUGUGGGAAGCAAGAAUAAAGUCUGUAAAAACUCACAUUAAAAGGGUCAUUGGUGACCAAUUGCUCACGUAUGAGGAAUUUUAUACGCUACUGGUUCAAAUAGAAGCAGUGCUUAAUUCUCGUCCAUUGUGUCCACAAAGCUCUGAUCCUAAUGAUUUGUCAGUUCUUACUCCAGGACAUUUUUUAAGAUGA